UUUCCCUUUCGACCUAUUCGUCCCCGCCCCUACUCUACUUCUCUUCUAACUAAAUCCUCACAACACUGAACAAUGACUGGUCGGGGACAAAGACCGGAGGAACCCCGUCCAAUCACUCCUCCUGAUCCCACUCUCGCGACCAGACCAGUGCCCCAGACGCGAAGCUACAUCGCGCGACCAUUUGGACCGGCAGCUACGAACGAUAUCCAAAGAACUGCACGGUCCAUGACAGAGCUCGAGGCGGAAGCGGACCCGACAACUCAUCCACAAGGCCCAGAGAACUACUAUCCGAGCGUGGACGAGACCCGCAAGCUUCUCAAGGAGGUUGAAAACUGGACAUUUGUCGAGGAUGACCCCACCUGGGGCUACUACGUCUUUGUCACGACUUACUCCGACAGCGCGCGAGAGAAACUGCCACAGGCACUGGCCAACUGGGUCAAGGUGGUUCAGAAGUGUCUGAGCAUCGGGACCCUGCCCAUCUACUCGGAUGAAGCAUUCCGCCGAUUCAAAUUCAAUGUUGUGGAAGAUCGGGAUGCCCUGGACGCAGCGUCUGUCGAUCGCGUACGUGAGGAGUUCCACGCCCAGAUUAGAGGCUUACGUUUGGGCGGAAGUGACAAUGAGGAUGAUGAUCCCCGAACAUCCGGAUUUAUGCCACCUGCUCGGAACCAAGCGUGCCUUUUGCUCGACGAGGCUGCCAUUACCAUGCUAGCCAAUAUUGAUUCGCUCCCCGAUGACGCUGUCGAGUUUUGUCGGAUCUACAACCACAAGACCGUCACUGUUGUGGACGGAUUCUGGAACCGGUCGCGACAGGACCCCCGGGAGACUUAUCGAGGGGUUGGUCAGCUUGCUGUGGCGGGGUUGGUGGGUUUCUACCUAAAUUUGACGAUGGAUGCCAAUGCAGAUGCUAUGCAGGAUCUCCAUCCCAUUAAUGACUGAGCAUGGUGUCUCCUCCUGAUUAUCAACUAGCGUUGAGACGUAGGUGGAGAACUUGAGUUUCCUAGUAUUCUUAAUCGUUCUAAUUUCAUUCUACUGUUUAUGUGUCUGAUUUACAUCGACCUACGAGGUCUACCGGUCUACUACACCACCUAGCAGCUGUCAUUCGC